AUGGCGGACUCUUUUUGUUCAGAGUCAGAAACAGAAACGCUCUGCUGCCGCCGCCAUUUUGUUCUGCCUCUUAACUCCAAGGUCAGCCCCCCCGCCCCGAACCUUUGCCCCGUCCUGAAGAACCACAGACAUCAGAACCUGGACCUGAUGGACCUGAUGGACCUGAUGGACCUGAACGGUUUUAUUCAGUGA